AUGGUGGCGUCGUCUUCAAGUCUUCGUACGGAGUUCGAGGGCUUGAAAAGUGGCUGGAGCUAUACGAACCCGACGGUGGUCGUGGCAGACCCCGGCGAUAACGUGGCCGCUAGCAACAUGGCCGACGAAGAGAGCGGUGUGUUCAUUGUCUGCGAUAUCUGCUUCGUAGAGUUCAAAAUGGCCGAUGUUCUCGGCACGGACGACGCUGCUGCAGUCCCUGCGCGUCCGUGGUUCUGUAAACCGUGUCUGCGCGCUCUCAAGCGCGGUCGGAAGAAGCGGCCGCGUUUCUCCAAGCAGAUGGUGCUGGAGAUGCAAGUCUACGGCCGUCUCUUGCGUGCUACAGCUGCCAAAGUCUCGGAUAUGGACGCGGUAAUUCGAGUGGGGAAGAUCCCGAACUCGCGUGAAGAGCGACGCCGCAUGUACGAGCUGGUGGGAAAGAGUGUCGGCGUGUUCUUGCAGUGGGACAAGCAGUGGGUUAUGGGGCGAGUCGUGGCCUUCCACGCUACGCACCCGUCCAAGCACCAUACGAUCCGCUUUGAAGACGGCGUGCUGGCGUCGCUGCCGCUGUACACGUUCCCCAUAGUGAUUGGCACGCGUACGAUGCUCUACGUGAAGACGCCAGCGCUGCAGAACCAGUGGUGGCCGGCUCAAGUCCUGCGACUGAACGCUCUGGCCAAGAAGCUUUUACUGCCGACGCAAGAGGAGGAGACCGCUGCGCGUGUGAACUUUCGUCUUGUCCGGGUAUUUGCGAGCAGUGAGCACGUGGAGACGACGCAGUUUGUGUCGUGUUGGGUGCCCAAGUAUCUCUGUCGAAGCAUGAAGCGCUUUGCUGCUCCCGACACGAGAAAUGACGACGACGAUGACGUCGUGGUUGAUCUACUUGAAGGCACGGACGGCGUAGUGUAUCAUCUGGAAGACGUUAGUACACUCAGUGAAGUCGCUAUUCUGCUCGAGUUGAGUGGCUCGGACGUGGGGGGAGGCCUCCCCGGGGAGUUCCACUCGAAAGAGCUGCUGGAAAAGGCGAUUAUACGAGAAACUGGCGUCGCCAACUGUUUGCUGACUGCGGACGAGUGUGAGGACGACACGGACGCUGUAGAAGAAGAGCUGUUGGCGUGCGCCCAGUGUGACAACCAGUUCCACGCCACGUGCUGUGAUCCGCCACACGCGCCGCUUUCGCUCGUGAGUCCAGACAAUGGAGACGUUCUGGUUGCAGAUCUCAAGACGCCGUUCGUGUGCAGCGACUGCACGUCGUGUGCUGGCUGUCGCUGUCGGAAAAGCGAUGAAGUGCGCGCAGGAGAAGAGCCGAGUCCCAGAUGGUCGCAAUGGCGGCUGCCGCUACAGACCGCUGCGCUGUGCACCACGUGCAUCCCGUACUACAAGGCGAAUCGGUUCUGCGGCGUCUGCAACUUGGUGCUGGACGACGAGCAGCUGGCGACCAGUGUGGAUCUGCUGACGUGUGCGACGUGUCACCACUGGAUCCACGCAGACUGCGAGCCAGAUCCACAUCCGGCUUUCCACGCGUGCAGUAGUGCUCGUGAGUUCGCUCUAGAUGUCGUCACGGGUACGUCAGACGCUCGGGAUACUCGCGAGGUGGAUGCAGAGUCGAUCUCGACGCCUGUGGGCAGUCGGAGUCCGUCGGAGGAACGCACUGCUGUAUCCAGCGGCAAGAGUAGUGCAGCUAAAGAUGACGGCGCCGCGAAGACGGCCAAGCAGGUGGAGGAAGACUUUGCGCUUUCGUUACGCUUCGGAUCGGGCUACGACCCCAAGAUGCUGCACAAUUACGAGUGUCUGACGUGUCGGAAGGUGCGCAUGCUGCAUGUUCUGCAUCGCCUGGGCGGCGAAGACAAGCUGGUGCUGUUCCGAGAGCCCGUGACCGAGGCCAUUGCACCCACGUACUUCGAUAUCAUCAAGACGCCGAUGGAUCUGAGCACGAUGCAGCACAAGAUCCUGGCGGGCAAGUACACGAGCGUCAACCUCCGUGCGUUCCGAGACGACUUCGAGCUCAUGUGUCUGAACGCCGUCACGUUUAACACGAAGGAGCGCGACUUUUUGAUCUGGCGCGAGGCGUGGCGGUUCUACGGCCAAGGCCAGCGGAUUUUCCGACAGACGGCACCGAAGGCGCGUAUGAAACAACGUGGAGGACGUCACUAUGACGCGCUGUUAGUGGCUGCGAAGCGGCAGUUGCCUAACAAUUCGGCGCUGGCUCAGGCCACGGGCGAGUCGAUCGGUGGCGAAGGUGGAGAGAACGACGAGGACGACGAGUUUGACGACGAAGACGACGGAGACAACGGCUCGGAUGCUGGCUCGGAGGCCGUUCCAGACAACGCUGGGCCUUCGACUGGCGCUGCGGCGUUGGUAUCGGACGCGGCGUCAGUGCACGACAGCGAUACGAACAGUAACGGAAUGGAAUCAACAGUGAAGAGCAGGAGCGACGCUAUCGGUGACGCUGGUGUGGCUGCAUCGAAUGGGAACGCGGUGGCGGUGGAGACGGAGCGACGGAUCGUGACGAACGACGCGUUCGUGCACCAGAGCAAGCUGCGUAUUGCCACGUCGCGCUCUCUUGUCGCGCUGUUUCAACUCGUACAGACACGGACGUCGGCGCACACGUACAGCUGGCUGGAUCAGUGUGCCGUGUGUGGGAGUGCCGGCCUGUCUAGUGAAUUCAUCUUCUGCGUGGACUGCGGAGAAGCGAAGACGGAGUCGCUGUUGCUAUGUGGACACUGUGAUCGAGGCUUCCACGGCUCCCCCGAACGACCAUCUCGAUGCACUGGAACGUACGUACAGCUACGAGCAGGACAAAAAGAGCCCAAGCGGUACCAGACGCUCGUGAGCGACCCGAACGCCGUGUACGUCUGUGCUGCGUGUCGUCCUCAAGAACGUCAACAUGUCACGUCGAAAGUCUCGGACGGUGAAGGAUGGCGUUGCCAGGCGCUUAUUGCGGACAUCCAGCGUAAACGUGUACAAUGCGAGUCGAGCUGGAAGGAGACGCUGAUGCAGAUGGAGCAAGUGGAGCGCUGGAAGCGUCUGGCAGACAACACGCCGGUGUACCUGUAUAUCUUGCGUCUGGGUGAGGAAUGUCUGCGCACGUUUGCGUACCGAAGUCUCAACUUCCAGAGCGAUUGGUACCGGUUGACGAAGCAGCAAGAGCUGGAUGACACGGGCGUAGUUAUCCCCGAGUGGCUGCUGCGGAAAGCGAACCGGUAUAUGCGAUUCAAAAGGUACAUGCGUGGGCCCCGUGCCGCUGCUCGACGUCGUGAACGCAAGACGCAGAGCUUUUAUUCGAAGCAAGCGGUGGGGCUGAGUACGCAGAAGGAUGCGAGUGCGAUCUGUAUGAUCGUGUCGGAAGCUGCGAGCUGUGCGGCCUUGUUGGCGUGUGUGCAUCUGCUGUACGGGUGGAGACCGCUACCAGAAGUUGUGAUCCACUUGCUAUCUAGCGAUGAGGGCGGCGCGGAGCUUCGAAAACUGGAGGAAGCAUUGCUCAAGCGGCUGCGAAGUGGCGAUGGUGAUGCACAGGAGCCGAGAGCGAAGCUGGAAGCCGAGAUCGCGACUAUCAAGGAGCAGUAUGAUCGCAGAGUAGACAAGAGACAUCUCGUGCAUGAACCCUCUGCGGCAGCGUUCGAAGACACGCGGUUCUGCGCGCUAUGCUUCAUGAUUGGCGAUAAUUCCGCGUGUGGACGCUUGUUGUACACGGAAGCGGAGACGUGGGUGCACGUCAACUGCGCCAUGUGGUCGAUGGAAGUAUACGAGGACGUGUGUGGCGUGUUGCACAAGUGCAGUAAGGCCAAGCACCGCAGUCGGUUGAUACGUUGCGACGCGUGUGGCCUCAUGGGGGCGACGAUUGGCUGCGCGAUCUCACGGUGCACUCGACACUUCCACUUCCCGUGCGCAGUGGACGCGGGCGUGGCGUUUCUACCGAACGGCGAGACGUGCUGUCCCGUGCCGGCACAUCUGGAUAUGGUGGCUCGAAGACUCGAGACGGCGAACGGAGGAUCGUGUCGUGUCGCUCGCAGUUCGUGGUUCUCGUUCGCACUUAGUGGCGACUACUUCUUCGGCUUUGGGUUACCAGAGAUUUCUCGGUACAUUGAAGAGCUGCCGUACGCUGCCACUACAGCGAUAAGUCGUCGCGCGGUGGUACGGAAGCUUCGACAGCAACAACAGCGUCAAGGACAGAGUCCUCUAGCUGGGUCCGCGGCGGCGACGUGGGGCUCUGGCGCGCGUAAACGCAGCCACGACAGCAUGGAGCAGAGCGCUGUGAACGCAGCGCAAGUCAUCUCGUUGAUGCUCGAGGAAGAGGAGGAUGAAGAGCUGUACGAGUUUAGUCAGACACUGCCGUCAGCAGAGACGUUCCAGACCGCAGAGCGCGUCAUGGAGCAUCUCGUACGAGCCGAACAACGCGCACGCCAGUCUUCUGGCUGUGCACGGACCGAUGGCUUUGAAGGCAAUCGGCUGUUUGGAUCGCCCAAGAAGGCCAAGAUCAUGCCAAGACGCCAAGCUUUGAGCAAGGAGGCGACCAAUGAACCAGUGCUUGGAGGCAACUCGAGUGGCGUGGCGAUGGAUAUCGAGCACUUGCCCAUCACAAUGCAGUAUCGCGAGCUACGACGACGACCGUUUGACGAGCGAAUGUUGGUGAGGAAGUCGUCGAUCCACGGCUACGGAUUGUUCCUGAAGGAGCCUGUGAGUGAUGGCCAGAUGAUCGUGGAGUAUCAAGGACAGAUGAUUAACCAGACGAUAGCAGAUGAACGAGAGCGACGCUAUGAGGAGCAAGGCGUCGGCAGUUGCUACAUGUUCCGUCUGGAUGAGAAGACGAUAAUUGACGCGACGCGGUGUGGGAAUCUGGCGCGGUUUAUUAAUCACUCGUGCGACCCGAAGGCCUUUGCGCGCAUUGUGGCGGUGGAAGGAGGAGAAAAGAAGAUUGUCAUCUUUGCCAAGCGAGCGAUUGCAGUGGGGGACGAGGUGACGUAUGACUACAGUUCCCUAUGAAGAUGAAGCGAUCCGAUGCGACUGCAACGCCCCAAUGUAUCGGCGCAUGAAUUAGCUUCAACGUUUAAUCGCAGCAGA